CCGCCGCCAUGGCCGCGAUGUUCUGCGCCCGCCGCUUCCUCCGCCUCGCCCGCCCCUCGCUACCGCUGCCGCCCAGCCGCGGCUAUGCCGAUCCCGCCGCCGGCGGCCCCGCUGCCAUGGCCUUCACCUUCGCCUCACCCACACAGGUGUUCUACAACGGUGCCAACGUGAAGCAGGUGGACGUGCCCACGCUGACGGGCUCCUUUGGCAUCCUGGCAUCCCACGUCCCCACGCUCCAGGUGCUCCGGCCGGGCGUUGUCACAGUCCACGCCGAGGAUGGGACGGCCACCAAGUACUUUGUGAGCAGCGGCUCUGUCACUGUCCACGCCGACUCCACGGUGCAGGUGCUGGCAGAGGAGGCAGUGACCAUGGACAUGCUGGACCUGGCUACUGCAAAAUCCAACCUGGAGAAAGCUGUGUCAGAGAUGGCAGCAGCGUCUGAUGAAGCUGCUAAAGCAGAAGCUCAGAUUAAGGUAGAAGCUAACGAAGCCCUGGUGAAGGCUCUGGAGUAAAUCCAGGAAUCCCACUGUGGAUGCAGAACUGCCAGCCUGUCCCUGUUCUACUCCCAGCUGUACAGAUGGAGCAGGACGAAUGGAGGUGGAGAAAUGGUUCUGAUCAAUUAAAAGGAAAUGUGACCCCCUCUUGUGGCACAUCGCCUU